GCGAGAGCCAGGGAGAGGAGAGGGAGGGAGCGAAGAGAGAAAGACACACGCACGCAGAGACACACGGUCACUGGAAUUCCAUUAGAAAAAAGUGAGACGAGCAAGGGUUAGCGGGAGAAGAUUUUUUUUUUUCUGAAUCUUUUCUUCGUCUCGGUGCGAAAGAAGCGACUCCGGGCUCUCGUCUUCCAAGCUCCCACUGGAUUGUUCCUUGGCGCUAACACCCGUCGGUGGAUUUCUCUCCUAUUUGCAUUUUAUUCUGACCCCCACCCUCGCUGCUUCCUUCCAGCCCUUCAUUCUCAAAUCGCCUCUUCCCCACCUCCCCAGUCCGCUCCUGGGAAGCGCAGGGGAAUUGGACCCGCGGGGACCCGAGCCUUCCCGGACCAGCGGAGGGCUGGACAGAGCGAGGACCAAGCUGUCGGCUUGUAAAGCAGAUAUAUCCUCAUUUACGUAUAUUUGAUUUUAGUGGGCAAGGGGGGCGUCGAGAGGUAGCCCACCGUCCUCCUUCCCCCCACCCCCUUCAGCCAGAGGCGAGAAUCGCAGGACUCAGGAUCCUUAUCGGGUGGAUUAGCUGGAAUCUCCGCAUUGGAUUUGGGGCUGAUUAUCACUGCUUGGCUAUUAUUAUUGUUGUUAUUAUUAUUUUUUACCCAAGGGAGAAAGACACAAAAAAACUGUGGGAUUUAUUUAACAUGAUCUUGGCAAACGUCUUCUGCCUCCUCUUCUUUUUAGACGAGACCCUCCGCUCUUUGGCCAGCCCUUCCUCCCCGCAGGGCCCCGAGCUCCACGGCUGGCGUCCCCCGGUGGACUGCGUCCGGGCCAAUGAGCUGUGCGCCGCGGAAUCCAACUGCAGCUCCCGCUACCGCACGCUGCGGCAGUGCCUGGCGGGCCGGGACCGCAACACCAUGCUGGCCAACAAGGAGUGCCAGGCGGCCCUGGAGGUCCUGCAGGAGAGCCCGCUGUACGACUGUCGCUGCAAGCGGGGCAUGAAGAAGGAGCUGCAGUGUCUGCAGAUCUACUGGAGCAUACACCUGGGGCUGACCGAGGGUGAGGAGUUUUAUGAAGCCUCACCCUACGAGCCGGUGACCUCCCGCCUCUCGGACAUCUUCAGGCUUGCUUCAAUCUUCUCAGGGACAGGAGCAGACCCUGCGGUCAGCGCCAAGAGCAACCACUGCCUGGACGCCGCCAAGGCCUGCAACCUGAACGACAACUGUAAGAAGCUGCGCUCCUCCUACAUCUCCAUCUGCAACCGCGAGAUCUCGCCUGCCGAGCGCUGCAACCGCCGCAAGUGCCACAAGGCUCUGCGCCAGUUUUUCGACCGCGUGCCCAGCGAGUACACCUACCGCAUGCUCUUCUGCUCCUGCCAGGACCAGGCGUGCGCCGAGCGUCGCCGCCAGACCAUCCUGCCCAGCUGCUCGUACGAGGACAAGGAGAAGCCCAACUGCCUGGACCUCCGCAGCGUCUGCCGGACAGACCACCUGUGCCGGUCCCGGCUGGCAGACUUCCACGCCAAUUGUCGUGCCUCCUACCAGACGCUUACCAGCUGCCCUGCCGACAAUUACCAGGCGUGUCUGGGCUCCUACGCCGGCAUGAUUGGGUUUGAUAUGACACCCAACUACGUGGACUCCAGCCCCACAGGCAUCGUGGUGUCCCCCUGGUGCAGUUGUCGUGGGAGUGGGAACAUGGAGGAGGAGUGUGAGAAGUUCCUCAGGGACUUCACUGAGAACCCGUGCCUCCGGAAUGCCAUCCAGGCCUUUGGCAAUGGCACAGAUGUGAACCUGUCCCCCAAGAACCCCUCAUUCCAGGCCACACAGGCCCCUCGGGUGGAGAAAGCGCCUUCUUUGCCAGAUGACCUCAGUGACAGCACCAGCCUGGGGACCAGCGUCAUCACCACCUGCACAUCUGUCCAGGAACAGGGGCUGAAGGCCAAUAACUCCAAAGAGUUAAGCAUGUGCUUCACAGAGCUCACGACCAAUAUCAUCCCAGGGAGUAACAAGGUGAUCAAACCUAACUCAGGCCCCUGCAGAGCCACACCGUCGGCUGCCUUGACCGCUGUCUCCUUCCUGAUGCUGAAGCUGGCCUUGUAGGCUCUGGGAAUCAAGUCGGGAGAUUUCUGGAAACUACACAGAUGAGAACACCCACCAGGCAAAAUGGAAACACACACAGACACAUACACACACACCUUGCAAAGAAAUGUUUUCCCCCACCUUGUCUCUGAACCUGUCUCCUCCCAGGUUUCUUCUCUGGAGAAGUUUUUCUAAACCAAACAGACAAGCAGGUGGGCAGCCUGAGAGCUGGCCCAGAGGUCCCUCGGCAGGGGAAACCCAGCGCUGAGGAAGGGCGUGGGGGUCUAGAAAUGCCCUUCACUUUCUCCUGGUGUUUUCUUCUCUGGAUCCUGCUGACGUAAGAGACCAAGACGACACCCCUGCAGCCCAAGGGACUCAUGGCUGUGCUGAUACGAACUGGGAGCAGGGUGGCGGCCCUUCUCCAGCUACCCACUCCGGGGACCUGCGGGGGGCCUGGCAGAGGGUGUCGGGGGGUGGGGCAGCGAAGCUGGCCGCUGGGGGUCCUACCGGGUCCCUUGGUACCCUCACUGGGCUUCGAGGAUGGAGUUGAUUUCACCCUCUCUGUCUGCGGGGUGAGUGGAUCUGCAUCUGACCUGGGAACCCCCAGCAAGGCCUGGGGAGGGCAUGGCACUGGGCUCCCCGAUGUGACCUGGAGGGGGGUGGCCAGGGCCAGCUCUGGGGGGCUUGGGAACUCAGCCCUCCUGGGACAUCUCCUGGGGCAGAGGGAGGAAAGCUUGGGCACCAGCUCAAGGCUGCUGCUUCCUCCUCCGUGGCAGGAAUUUUGAAAUCAAAGAGAAAUGAUCCUUUGUUGGCUCUUUUGGUUUCUUGUGGGUCCAUUUGGUGGGUUUCUCCCUCCUCCCCCACCCUAGGGAGAGGGGGCCCUGAGAGGGGCAGAGAAGAGCACGGUGGGACACCUGCCCGCCCCAUGCUCUGGUGGCUGCAGCUCUCUCCUCCUCUCGGCUCCCUCUUUCUCUUUUCCACGUUCUCUCCUCAUUUCCCAGACGAACGCCAACUCUAUGUACAUAACACGCCUCCUUUCUCAACAUAUAUGUAUAUACACAUCCAUAUACAUAUAUUGUGUGGUUUCCCCUUUUUUUUCCUUUUUUUAAGAAGCAAAACUAUGGAAAUAAUACCCCAACAGAUGAACGAAAAUGUAUUAUUGUAAAGUUUAUUUUUUUUAAUAAUGUUGUCUAUAAUGGGGAAAAAAAAAGGAGAUCGACUCCCUGUGUCUCUGCCCCUGUCGGGCUGACUGGGCUGUGGAGGGGGGGUUCCUGCUCCGUAUUCAUACUUAGCCAAGGCUCCAAUAAACAUACUAGGAAGCAGUUUGCC